CCUAGGGGCUGCAAAGAGUCCUCGCUCCCCCGGGGGCUCGUUGCAUGGGCUCCAGUGCCGCACCCCCCAGCGUGUGCAGGGCGGGAAAGGGGCGCUGCCUGCACCGCCCCGUGCAAGCUGCUCGCCGCAGGAGCGGCUCCACGCGCUGCGGAGAAGGCCCUUAGCAGCGAGCGUGGCCGGCCCAGCACUGCCCUAGCCCCCGGGCACCUCCGCAGCCAGGCCCUGUCCCCAUCGCGGGCAGAGCCUUAGCAGCAGCUAGAUACAGAUUUCCUUUGCACUACAAAGCUCCACAGAUUAAGCUCACCUUGCCCCGCUGUUUUCUUUACUGAUGUCUGGUUUGGUCGAGACCUGGGCAUCCUUACAGGAGUUAGUAACUGGCAUUACUCCUAAUGUCCUGGCUAAAUUCCGCUGGCGAUAAUUUACCUUCUCCUUGACUUCCUUCUGCAGCUUCCAUUAGCUACAGUAACAUUCUUCAUGCCCUGUCUGAACCCACUGUGGCAUUAAACUGUCUUUGUUCCACUCCCAAGAGUGGGUGAUGUGAUUCCCAGGAGUAUAUGGGAUUGAGCAUCAUCAGAAUGCAUGGCAGUUUAGGGCAGGAAAUGUAGACUGCCAUCUCCGAGGGUUCAGUCAAUCAGUGGUACCAGCGCUCUUUACAGGGCGUGGUGUGUGCGCCAGUGAGUUCCCUGAUGGCUGCUGAGUCCAGUGGGCUAGUGACAGUACCAUCCACCAGUAGGGCACACCCACGCACGAGCAAUGCUCUGAAUCCAAGCAACUGAUUCUUUCCUCCUCUGACACCAGUCAUCACAAGGCUUGAUCCAGUCCACCUCACAGUGCUUUGCUCCAUCUACAAGCUGACUCCAUCAACCAGAGCGGCACUCUGCAUUCCUUUCCCAAUCAUCCACAGCGAUUCCAAAGGAUACUAAGUCCUCUUUGCAAGCAUCCCAAAAUCUGUGCAGCGGACUGCUUCUCUUUCUAGACCCUUCGCGAGCUCCAGAGUACAGCAUGCUCUUCGGGAUCCUGUAGUCCAGCACUCGCUUGACACGUCCAAGCCACCUAAGUCUUUUCUUACUAAUGAAUGUUCCCAUGAAUGACAUACCAGCAUGAUUUAACACUUCCACAUUUGUCACACUGUCUUCCCAUCUUAUUCAAAGAAUUUUACACAUGCAUCUGAUCCGAACUGGGGAGUAUCAGCUUUCCUCUGCCCAACUCGUCUGAGAGGCCUAUCUGGUCAGAGAGAUUUGAUAGAUGGAUAAUAAAAUGGCGUUGGUUCCCUAUGACUACAGUGCGGUCUGGGGAUUGCAGAAGUUCCAUAAAUCUUCAUCUGUGUAUCAUUUUGCCAACCACACAAUCCAAAUCAAACAAAACUGGAGGCAACUGGGUGUAGCAGCAGUCGUAUGGGACGCAGCUGUAGUCCUGUGUACUUAUCUGGAGAUGGGAAGUAUUGAUCUGCAAGGGCGCUCAGUGAUUGAACUAGGAGCAGGAACUGGAUUGCUGGGAAUAGUGGCCACAUUAUUGGGUGCUCAUGUCACCAUCACAGACAGGGAAGCCACACUGGAAUUUCUCGAGUCAAACGUUCAGGCUAACUUACCUCCCGACCUCCAGCCGAGAGCUGUGGUAAAGGAACUGACGUGGGGAAGAAACUUGGGGAACUUCUCGCCAGGAAAGUUUGACUUUAUCCUGGGCGCAGACAUCAUUUAUCUGGAAGACACCUUUGCAGAUCUGCUUCAGACACUGGAGCACUUGUGCUCAGAACAUACUGUUAUUCUGUUAUCGUGUCGGAUUCGCUAUGAACGGGAUCAGAAUUUCCUGGGGAUGCUGAAGGGACGAUUUUCGGUACGUGAGGUCCACUACGAUCCUAGUAAGGAUGUACGUGUAUUCAAAGCACAGAAGAGCAUUCACAAGGAAGACUUUUGACUGCAUUUGUUUUCUCUAUUAUCAAACACUACUGAAGCUGUAGGAACUGUGACACUGAAGACCUGUCAAUAGCAAGAUAUGCCAAAUAGCAGGGUGAUUUUAGAGCAAGAAAUUUUAGGAUUCACACAGAGAGUGAACAUUCCUUGGUGCACCCAUGUGUGUGUGUGUACACAUGCACAAAAAGAAGGGAUAUUGUGAGAUCAAGACAAAUGGAUUUUUAAAGACACAGUCAGCCUUUGGGUCUCAAAGCGUAGUUACAGCAUAGUAUUCCAAGCAUCACCACCUCAGUUACAUUAUUGCCAUGAAACUGCUUCUAUUAUUCUGACCUGAUAAGUCUUCAAAUAGGUUAAGGACUCUCAUAAAGAGGAUGGUGAUGAAUUGUUCUCCAUGU